AUGGCAAAGCCGAUAAAGGAGAACCAGAAUCACUGUAGUGUGGAUCAAUUACCCUCUAGAAAAAUAUAUAGUACGUUCAAUAAUGGCAAAAAUGGAUGUGCGAAGAGCAGUUCUAAGACAACAGAAAUAGAAAACAUUUUGAAAGGUAAAUUGAAAAAUGAAUGGGUAAGUGGUGACGAAAGUUAUGCACAAAGAAUUACCAAAGCUUGGUGUACCAUAUCUAGAAUGAAUACAGAGAAGAAGGAAAAAUCACCACCAUGUUCAACAAUAUGUGAUUACUUUUAUUAUUGGUUAGGGGAUAAAUUAUCUAACAAUUUGAGUGGAUGGGGAACUACACUUCAGGAUAUUAUGCCACAAAUCUACACUAAGUUAAAAGACUCCAAUGUUCAAUGUGAAUAUAUACCUAUGGACACCACUGUUACCCAUAACCUUUUCCCUAAAAGAAAAAUAAUAUUCGAUUAUUGGCAUAAUUAUAAAACGAUAUGGAAGCAGCUGCAGGGGGACGGCGACUCCUGUAAUACCCAAUUUGACAGCUACCUUAGUGCAGCUGAGGCCGUUUAUGGACAAGUAAGUGCAAAUUGUGGGGGGAAAGACCGCAUUAAUGAUGACUUCUGUAACAAAUUUAGGAAAAAAUUCAAGGAGGGUGCUGGUAGCAACAAUAUUACAGAACCAUCAAAAUUGAAAGAUAAAGCUACGGGAGGGGGGGACCCUCCACCAUCAUCGGACGACGAAGGGGACGAAGCAAAUCUGGAUAGUUGUUUGAAACAACUGUCUUCAGCAGUUUCUUCACAACAUUCAGCAGUUGCUGCAUCAUCACCACAGGAAGCUCCAGCACUUCAUUCAUCAUCACUACAGGAGGGAGGUGCUGCUGCUCCCAGCAGCAGCAACACCCCUGUCGCUCCAAUCGUAUCUUCUGCAGUGGCCGGAAUAGGCCUACCAGCAGCUGUCACCUUCCUUCUUUACAAACUCAACAUACGGUUCAACAACAGCGGACACUUCAUCAACAAUAGGUUCUAUAGAAACUUCUACCAACUAUAA